AUGGUGAAAAUAAUCGAGGAUUUGUCCGAAAACAACGAAUUCCACGUCCCGUUGACUCCACUCAUAUACGCCCUCGCAUUCGGCGCCUGUUUAGGCGGAAACGGGACAUUAAUAGGCGCGUCGGCGAACGUGGUCUGCGCGGGAGUGGCUGAACAACACGGCUAUCGUUUCACUUUUAUGGACUUUUUUAAAAUUGGAUUUCCAAUCAUGCUUUUGACCACAAGUAUUGCCACCGUUUACUUAAUCGUGUGUCAUGUCGUCAUCGGAUGGAAUUACUAGAAAUUAAUACAAAUCUAUAAAGUUUUAAUAGAAUUCACAUUUUUUAUAUAAAUUUUUAAUUGAUGUCAUUGUUUGCAGAAUUAUAUUGAUUUCCAAAUUUUGUAUAUUUAAGACAUUUUUUUAUAAAUCUCAUUGAAAUUUUAUGUUUAUAUAGGGAUUGAUUUCAUAAAAUGAAAAAAUCAAAUAUAUAUAUAUUUUUGAAAUAUUUAUUUCACAUUUUACACAAUCAGCUAAAAAGUUUGCGUAUAAAAUAAAUGGUAGAAAUAAUGCCAACAAAUUUUUGUUUGUUUGUCAAAAC